AUUCAUUUUUAUAAUGCGUGAACAUCUGAAAGAAUGAUUACCAGAGGGUAAUGGAUGGUGAGAUUUCGCGUUAUGCAACAACUCUUUCGUACCGCCAACGCCUUUUAAGGUGUGUGAAAAAUGAUAUACUGAAAAAUGUGCAUUCAACAACCUUGUAAGUUAUGGGCUGAUGAUCUGGAUUACGGGCAGAUUCUUUCAUCUGAAAUGCCGAGGCUCAUCCUCGGCUGGAGGGGCACUAAACUGCAAGUGGAUGGACGCCGAGCUCUCCUCUAUAAAUAAUUGUACCACGAUUCCCUUUGCAUUAGAACACAACACGACAUGAAAUUAAUAAUAUUGACCACCGUCGUUGGAAUCGCGAUAAGCGGCCGUUUGGACACUACCUACCUUCCUCCGAGAGGAGGUGGGGGCGGUGGUGCCUUCGGAGGACCUGGUGGUUUUGGCGGUAGACCCUUCGGUGGCGGCGGCGGUAGCGGCGGAGGAGGAGGAGGUCCGUUCGGUGGCGGCGGUGGUGGCGGUGGAGGAGCUCCAUUCGGAGGAGCAGGAGGUGGAGGAGGUGCCGGAUUUGGAGGGGGCGGUUUCGGAGGUGGCGGUUUCGGGCGCGGAGGAGCAAACAUCCCAAUUUUAAAAUACGUAAACGAUAAUGAUGGGAGCGGCAAUUACUACUAUGCAUACGAAACCGGAAAUGGUAUUCAAGCCGAAGAGAGAGGACGUCUGAAAAACGCCGGAUCCGCAAAUGAAGCAGAGAGUGCUGAGGGGUCGUUUUCCUACACUGGACCUGACGGCCAGCGGUAUUCUGUACAGUAUGUAGCAGAUGAAAAUGGUUUCAGACCCGUUGGUGCCCAUCUACCGACGCCGCCACCAAUUCCAGAAGCUAUUCUGAGGUCUUUGGAAUUUAAUCGUGCAGAAGAGGGACGCGGUGGCGGUGGUGGUGGCGGCUUCGGCGGAGGUGGUGGAGGAGAUGACGGCCAAUAUCGACCUGGAGUUUUCGGAGGAGGCGGAGGUGGAGGUGGAGGUACCGGAAUCACUCAACCAUUUAGUCCACAAACGGGGUAUAAUUAUUAAGGUGCUGAUAUGACAAGCGUUUACGUUACUAUGCUUUAAGCAUGUUUUAUACAUACAUAGGCCUGAUAUGUUACUAUUAUUUAUUGUAUAUGACUAUUUGCUGUGAAGUUCGUAUAAUAUAAGAUGAACACAUC